UUGGUCCAUUCAUUGCGCAUGCGACCGUGGACAUCCGCUCUUAUUUUCCGCCAUCUUCCACUUCGGCUGUGCACCCAUUGUUCAUACAAGCUGAUCACGGCUGGUUUCCACAGUCAGCGAUUGAGGUGAUUUGUGCCCCUUUUUAUAAAUACUCCUGUAAGUCUGCAUGAACUGUAUUAGAAAGUGCGUGUGUAUCCCUCAAAAUACCAUACACUGAUUACUCUCGCAGGGCGCGACAUACGAAAACAUGAUGAUGAUGAUGGACGACGAACAGCCCAAAACCCUGUAUGUAGGGAACCUGUCUAGGGAUGUCACUGAGCCCCUCAUCCUACAGGUUUUCACACAGAUCGGCCCCUGCAAGAGCUGUAAAAUGAUUUUUGAUACUGCAGGCAAUGAUCCAUACUGCUUUGUGGAGUUCUAUGAACACAGGCAUGCUGCUGCUUCGCUGUCUGCCAUGAAUGGGCGUAAAAUUAUGGGUAAGGAGGUUAAAGUCAACUGGGCCACAACACCAAGCAGUCAGAAGAAAGACACAAGCAAUCAUUUCCAUGUCUUUGUUGGUGACCUCAGCCCCGAAAUCACAACAGAUGAUGUCAAAGCUGCCUUCGGCCCAUUUGGGAGGAUAUCGGAUGCUCGUGUGGUCAAAGAUAUUGCCACAGGGAAAUCUAAAGGCUAUGGUUUUGUCUCUUUCUUCAACAAGUGGGAUGCAGAGAAUGCCAUUCAGCAGAUGGGUGGCCAAUGGCUAGGUGGCAGACAGAUCAGGACCAACUGGGCUACUAGAAAACCCCCAGCCCCUAAAACCACCUAUGAAACCAACACCAAGCACCUGGCCUUUGAUGAGGUAGUGAACCAGUCAAGCCCCAGUAACUGCACUGUGUACUGUGGGGGAGUCAGCACCGGUCUAACAGAACAAUUGAUGAGACAGACCUUCACCCCCUUUGGACAAAUCAUGGAAAUCCGUGUGUUCCCAGACAAAGGAUAUUCCUUUGUGAGGUUUAACUCUCACGAGGGAGCAGCCCAUGCAAUUGUGUCUGUGAAUGGUACUUCGAUAGAGGGACAUAUGGUGAAGUGUUACUGGGGUAAAGAGACCCCGGACAUGAUUAGCUCUAUGCAGCCGGUUCAGCAAGUUCCCCAGAACAAAGUGGGCUUUGCAGCCCAGCCCUAUGGCCAGUAUGCCCAGUGGUACGGCAAUGCCCAGCAGAUUGGCCAGUAUGUCCCCAAUGGGUGGCAGGUACCCACCUAUGGCGUUUACGGCCAGGCCCAGGCCUGGAACCAGCAGGGUUUUCAGUAAGUACACAAGGACAUCUGCAGGGCUCCCCUCCCCUCCAGCAACAAGGCUGCAGCUGAGUGUCUUUGGCUGGGCUUCCCAAGGACAGCUAGGCUCCAGCCCAGUCGCCUGCAGCUCUGGCCAGGGGAAGGAAGGAGCCAAAGAUGUCCUCCAACCUUCACCCUCGCCACCAUAUCCAGCUUAUGAGGACAAAGACAAAAAAACGAAUUUAAAAAAAAGAUAUAAUCAAAGAUUUAAUUUGUGAUUUAUUGGUCAAGAUAACAGCAAUUUCAUCCUUUUUUCCCAUCUGAGUUUGAUCCUUUUUCUUUUUUUUUAAUAUAAAAAGAGCAUUAAUUAAUGUCCUUUUUGGCCUUUCAAAAUGGCCACUAUUCUGGGUCUAAUUGGACUUGUCGCCAGAUGUGAGUGUCCGCUCAAUGAACUACAUCGUCCUAGACAGUGAGGAAACUGGGAUUGUUGAAUACACAGAAAGGGACCUGCUGCCCUCUGAAGCUUUUCCCAGUGCAGAGGGAUACAUCUUAGUGUGCACGUGUCGCAUCCACGUUAUUAUUUUAAGUGCCAUGUCAUCUUUUGUUACUUCAUGCACACUUGUUUUUACUCUGAACUUUAAUUUGCCCUUAUUUGUUGAAUAUGAUUUUUUUUCUCCUGAGUUAAAAUACAUUGCUACUUAAAAUGUGAUGUAUGAAUUUGUGUUGGUAGAUUAUAGCUACAUUUGACAUAUGACUAGUCAUUUGCUUGUCUCAAAUUGGUAUAAUUGGGUUUGACAAAUCCUGUUAACUGCUCUUAUAACAGGAGAAACAUUGAUAAUGAGUUUACCACAGCAGUUUUUUUUAGUUCUUGUUUUUCUCUAAUCUAGAGAACCAAAGAAUGGAGUAACUUGGAAUAAUUUGCUGAAAUCCUAAAUAUUACUGUUUUGGAAAUAGAAAUUGCGGAGUUACUUAACUAGAUUGUAUGUGAACAUCCCACCAAAAUUUUGUGAGUCCAUGCAAAUAUUCUUAUGAGGAAAUAUUAGGCUACAAAGAAAUAGUUAAGCAAUAAUGCCUGGGAAUUAUAGUUGACAACUCCUGACAAGGGCUGUUCUGAGACUGAUUUUAGGAUUUAAAACGAUCUGUCUGAGCUACAGGCUCCCCAACUCUUACUAUGUUGAAAUCAUCAGUCACUGUUGCCAAUACCCGACGUACUGACCGUUCAAAUGUUAACUUUUCCCUUCAGGUAUUUGUUUCAUACUGGAUGUUGCUGAAGAUUUGAUCAGGAAAAACAAGUCAUGAAUGGGGUUUUGGCAUGAAACAGUCACAUUUUUGUUAUUCAUUUACAGUGUUACAGGAUUCAGGGAAGAAGUUUAAAAUGCAACUUCAAAGCCAAAUUUAAACGCAGCUAGUCCCACUUCAGCCCUUCUCUGCAACAUUGAAUACGAGGAGUCAAGACGCAUGCAAACAUAUUUUAUGUAAAGCUACACCAGUUGAUCAUAACUAAUUUAAUACACUGAGCCUAUGCUCUGUCUGCAUGCCCACACUCACAAAUACCAUCCUUCGCUCUGUUUCCCUUUUCAAUAUCAAAUCCCUUUCUCUCCCUAACAUAUUCUCUGCUGUCUUAGUUUUGUGCUGAUCCUCUGACAUACCCUGACCCUCGUGUGCUCGCACAUUCUGUCCUCAGCUGGCGCUUGCUCAGUUUAUUUGUUGUGUGUGCUGUCUGCUUGAGUCCCAAAUGGCUCCCCUAUGUAGUGCACUACUUUUUCAGGGCCCUGGGCAAAAGUAGUGCACUAUAAAGGGAAAAGGGUGCCGUUUGGUAUUAAGCCUGUCUUGCUUUCUCCUCUUUAACCUGCUGGUGUUUUUCUCCCCCCUGUUUGCAGUCACUUACUGGCCAGUGCUGGGUGGACAGGUGUGAGUGCCCUCAGUAAUGGUGGGGUUAUGGAAGUUACACAGAUUGAAUGGGAGUAUGCUAGCAAACCAGGCCAGUAUGGGAGCCACAGGAUACCCCACACACUGAUGAUUGGGGGGGUGUAGUCAACUUCUUACUGGCUACUGGAGCACCACAGGGAUCUGUGUUAAAUCCCUGCCUCUUGUGGCAGACUAAGACUUGUUGGUACAUGGCAUUUGAAGGGGAAGUUGACCUCUGCUUAGGCUCAUGAAACUGAUUUCAUAGGGGGUUAAGGGGAGCCAUGGAGGACUGGAAUAAACCACACGUAUUAUGCUGCCCUUGUUAGACGGACUGUACAUGGCCAGUGCUGUACCAUUUUAAAUUAAUAUCACUUAAGGAGAGACUUUAGGAUUUGUGCCAUUGUUGGUAUGUUUACAGUGUCUCAAACCCAUUUUCAUAAGGACUUAAAGUCAAAAUAAAUUGCUUUUGAUUUAAGAUUAAUAAUACAUUUAGAGUUUGAUGCAAUGAAUCAUGUCAAAAGUAAUGGAUCCUUCACUUUUUUUGGUUUGAAGUAAUAAAAUGGGUAACUUUAUUUUUUUCUUGCAUUUUGUUUUCCAUUCAGCCAAUUGCAGGGAUAGAUGCCACUGCUUUCUUUCUGUAGGGGCAGACACAUUGCACAGUAUUCUCUUGUUUUUACACAUUUGAUUUCCAAGAGGUUUCUUUUUGCAUUCCACCUUUCCCCUUUAUAUAUUUUGGAUGGCCUCAACAUUUGCUUAAUGUGUAAAUAACCAUACCUUGAUUUCAAGCUGUAUGAAGGAAAAUCCAAAUGUUCACUAAGGGAGCUUGUUUGCUUUCUUUGUUUCGAUAACUGAAGAAAUUAAACAUUAUUAGUAGCAGCAUUAUCAAAUGCAUAUCCAUGGUAACUGGCAUAGUGAUACAUGUACAUCCAGGAAGGGAAAAGACAGCAUUGCUAUGCAGUGCAAAAAAUGAACACAAUUUUUACUUUGAAUAGUAAUUAUGUGCAUAAAUUGAGUUUUCUGCCAUUUUCUAUGAAGUAAGAUCAGUAUUUUUUUAUGGAAAAACCUGAAUGAAUCUGAAAUGUGCGCUGUUGCCCCUUGAACAUGUUUUAAUACCAGAGGGACCAGACCCAUUGUGUUGCCUUAGAGUUGAUUGCUUUUAAUGGACACAAUAUCAUUAAAGAUUAGGCAGUGCCUACAGACAUUUUCAAAACUUUUGUUUUGAAAAGUGUUUUACUCUGGGGUUUGAUAAUGUUUCUGCUACUGUAAUAACCAAUGUGUUCUUGCUUUGUCCAAUUAAAUUGCUGAUGUGCAAAAACAA